GUAAAUGGUUCACUCUUUGUGUCUGUUUAUGCAGCAGGGAUGAUUGUCGUACAUAGACAAAUAUACUGCCAGUCUUAAAAGAAUGAAGUGGAAUCUACGUUUAUAUACUUGUUCGUUUCACUUAUUAGCUUAGAAUAGUCGUGAAGGCUUCAAAAUUUCGUGAAGCAUCGUCAUGGCAUCAAAAUUGCAUUUUGCUGUUUUUCUCUCCUUGGUUAUGACCGCGUCUGCCGGGUAAGUUGGACAAGAAAUAAUUUGUUUUUAGUUUGGAUCAGAAACCAAAGAGUCAGGUUAUAGUUCGUUAUUGUCGGCACUGUCAACAGUUUUUUCUUAGCUUGUAGCGGGGACCAAAAAUUAUCUGUAAAGAACUCUAUGAAAGAUGUCAUAUUUUAUAUUGGUGGAUGAAAAAAUUACGAAUGGAGAAGUGUUCUAUUUGUGCGCACUAUAUCGAAAAGUUGUUCAGUAUUCUGAACGGUGUUUUAUCAGGAUUGGCUGGACUAAAUUUCUCUUUGGAAACGAUAACUUCAAAUGUGAACACACUGUGUGCAAAGGAAGAAUAUUUUAAGUAUACUUUAAAUUUCCUACUGCAAAAUAUUCAUGAUCAGUUUAUAAAUUUCAUAUGAAAGGCAAAACGGGGUAGAGACGAAGUUAACAGAUAAAUGUUUUCCCCACAGUAUAGGGUGAUAAAAUUCAAAUUUCUUCCGUGGCAUCAUUUAUGUGAUACUGAUACGCUAUCAAAGAAAUGAGCCGUGUUUGAAAUAUAUUGUCAGAAACAACUUCAUUGUGUUCGAAUGGCGCUUCGUCUAAUAGCGUGACACUCAUCUUCCCACAGAGAGCCACGUGCCUUCAAUGAACAUCUUUAUAAUUGUUACUUAUAUAUUCGCAUCCAACAAAUUAAAACUUUUUUUAAAUGGGAAACUUCAUGAUUAAAAGCAGACGGUUCUCUUUCUGCAAGAAAUCGAGAUCCACACUCAGGCCUGCGAACAAGUAGUCAAGAUGUCUCUGACUUAACUUUCUAAAAACUGAGGGAAUCUAUGAAUCGAAAAAUAACAAAAAAAACUUCUCAAUUGUCUAAAAGCUCCUGUCAUGACUUGUUUAACGAGUUUAAUUUUUUUCUCUCAUUUAAGUCGUAAAGAAUUAAUUGAUUUUCUUUCCAUUCACAACAGAGGUAGUAUAGACGUGGAAUUUGGAGAGUAGUUUUCUAGGAUUUUGAUCCCGAGAAUCAAACAAGAACUUUUUUUUUAAUUCAUAAUUCGAAAUUUCUGAAUUUUUAGAAAGUUACUUCCUUAUCAUCAUUGACACGGCAGGAUACUUAGGCGCGUAUUUAACCAAAUGGAAAACAAAGCAUGAAUUGUAAAUUAAACCUACAGGAAGAACAACCUUUAUUUACAGCUAUUCAUUGUUAGAAAUGAAGGUAUAUAGGAAAGUGGCGCCUUAAAUUCACCAUCAUUUCGUUUCACGUUUUCAAUUUCACCUGGUCAUUCUCGAUCCACAAAAGAUUAUUCUCUACUUAAAUAUUAUGCUCACAUAAAACACACAGCAUGUUCAUAAGCUAUAUAUGAACAGCUGGUUUAAACAAAGCCUUCGUUCGUGGAUUUUGCAUGUUUGAUUGUUGAUCGGUUUUCAAUGCAUCCUCACGUAAUUGGUUCGAAAUUUAAUCCAAGAUUCACGGGGAAGCCGUACUGGUGUUUGCGUCUCUCAAAAGAUACCACGUAAAUUUUUUUUUCAUUAUUUCAUGCAGAUAAGCUUCUUCUAGAAUUCUCUGGUUUCGAGAAAAGGGAGAGAUUUCAGAAGAAAUCCAUUGAAUUUCCUAUAAAGAUAUAUCUCGUGUAUCAGGGUUUAAGAUUAUCGAAACUUAACUUCUUCUCAAUUUCGUAUUACUGUUUCCAAUGAAAAUGUAAUCUUCAGCUCGAUAGUUAACAAAACGAAAUGAUAAAAACGCUGGGAAUUCCAGGUGUAUUCAUUCAAAAGCGUGAGCGUUAGAAAGGGUGAUCGUUUUUGAGUGUGAUCGCUUAAUAGUGUGAUCGUUUUAAAACGUGAUCGUUAAAUGCGUGAGCAUCAAGUUGAAAGGACAUUAAAAGUGGAAUUCUAUUAAGAGUCAAAUUACCAUUUUAAAGUGGUAGUAGGUGGCAAAAUAUGAAUAUGAGCGAAUGAAAGUUUUCCGCAGUUAUUAAGAAGUCGCCUAAUUUCUUGCUUUUAACCUAACGUUUGACAAUCUCACGCCCUUUCUUGGUAUAAUCGCUAUGUUUUUUAUGUUUUUGCCACCUCCCUUCUUGGUUGAAUGAAAUAAGACAAGAAACACCCCUCAUCUAUGAAUUUCCUUCCUCAAUUAAGCGCAAAACUGUUAAUAUAUUCAUAGAAAUGCCAGGAGUUGGCGCCUCACGGACAGAUUUGUCUUGCAAUAUCUUUUGAUAAUUUCUUAGGCUUGACUUGAAUGAGCCAUAUGACUACGCAAAUAAUGUUUCACGACAGAAACCCUUUUGCAAAAACUAAGUUUCAGGCAUUGAGUAAAGAAAACGUUUCUUAGAUCUACGGUGACCGAGCACUUCAUGAAAAAAAGAAAAAAUUGUUAUUCAUUCGAAACUGACCAAUCACAGGAGACGAACGCUGCCUGGUUCUGACUGAUCAGUUUCAAGGGAUCAAGCGCAUGACCCUUGACUGACAGAAAAAGAAAACCUUACUGAUGAUGAUAUAUUCUUCACAAGCUUUCGUGGUCCUUGAUCUCCUUUGGGAAAAAGAGUUUCUCCAUUUAUAAUAUUAUUUGUUAUAAUUUGUUGGCUUUUCGAAGUUUCGUGGAGAGACGGUGGCUUAAUGGUUAACGCGCUGGAGUCCGGGUCGAUAAGGCUCGAGUCCACGACGCAGGCGGGUCAUUGAGUUGUGGCCUUGGGCAAUUAAGACACUUAACGCACACAAUACCUCUCUCCACCCGGGAGUAUAAAUGGGUACUUGCGAACUCUGUGGGAAAGCUUACGAAAACCUUUUACCUUUCAAAACGUGAAUCACUCUUAUCAUCACCAAUGGUCUAUAGGAGUACCUUCUUUGUUCAUUGACACCAUAGGAUCUAUCAUUUCACUUAACACUUUUUCUAAACACUCAUAAAAUAUUGCUCGAAGAGCAACUUUUGAUAUCAAAUGUUUAUCGACAGAAAUGUUUUCACUCAGAAGUCCAAUCAAUUAUUGAAGAAGUUAUGGAAAGCAUUGAAUAUUAUUUUUCAAAAACCGAUGUGUAUACUUGAUCUCCUUUGUGAAAAAUAUUUUCUCCGUAUAUAAUAUUAUUUGUUCUAAUUUGUUGGCUUUCAGCGACAAAGUCAUUCGCAUCAUCCCAGGAGACUCAAAUGAGCUUGAUUUUCUGUCAUCUUUGGAAGGCAAACAGGAACUGGAGGUGAGGUAGAAAUAGAAAUAACUGAACGGAAAUUAUAGUCAGUUAUAGAGAAUGUCGUCUUACAUUGUGCAUGAUGUAGAAAAUGGGUCAAGAAUCGAGUCAAAUGGACAAAGAAGCCGAAUGUAAUGCGAAUGCAAAUGACGACUUAAAAGAGGGAAUUAAUAAGAAGGCCGAAGAGAGUAGUAAUUAGUAACUUGUGUGGGAGAAAAAAAAUUCCUUGGCCUUAUCCUACUGUCAUGGCCUCAUGAUCUUUUAGCUCUGAUCUUACUCACCAAUUUUAGAUUAAAAAAAAAAAACAGUGUCGAGGGCUGCAUAAAAAACCCAGCUCAAAAAAAAAUAUUUCUCACUAUUCAUUUCUCUUUGUGCUUUAAAAUUUUUACCAUAGGCGAGUAAGCUUUGAUAGCAAAAAUUAAUUUCUAUUGCUGAUCGUGAUUUAGUUUUCUGGCUCCUAAAUGGCCUUUCUUGGAAACACAAAAGCCUUCUAAGAAGCAUUUCUGGGUCCACUGUUCUUCUGAGUCUCUCGUUCCAACCAUAGCAGUUUUGUUGAUUAACCUCUGUUUUUUAAAUUUUUUGUCAGCUCGAUUUCUGGAAGGCUCCUCAUAAGCCUGGUCUGGCUGUGGACAUUCACGUGACAGAUGCCGCGUACAAGAUUGUUGCCAAGUUACUUAAGGAAAAGAACAUUGAGUUUCAAAUUAUGAUCGUUGACGUCGACAAAUUGGUGGACGACGAAAACGAAUUGCAAACGCGGAGCAUGUCAUUCAGCUUUGACAGCCAAUAUCAUCCUUUGCAAGAGGUAUCACGAGUAUUUUUUGACCGAAAAAAAGCCGAUGAAAGUUCCAAGAAGCUUUUUAAUUUAUACUUAAAACAACGAUGCAGUUAGUGAUCUUUUUUCUAUUUUUUACGGUUAGAUUGUGGAUGAGCUGAGAAACUUUGCAAACCAACAUGCAGGAAUUGCCUCCAUUUUCAAUUUGGGAAGAUCCUAUGAAGGGCGUGACCAGCAGGCAAUUAAGGUGAAAAAUGGUUGAAUAGCUCCAAUAGGAGAAUGAAUAAUAAACGUCCUUAAAUAUAAACGACACAACUAUUUUUUAAAGAACAAGACAAACCUGUCCUGAGUCGGUUGAUUCUAAAAUGUUUACAUAAAGAUCAAGUAUGAUCUCGCUCAGGAAAAUGGCGUACUUAAGUUUUUCUCAGACAAAAAAGAUUUUUCAAAAUUUUGCCAUUGGUUCAGUUUUACCAGGUAUUUGUAUCUGUGGUAGCGACGCUAACCAUGUUUUAUUUUUUUCCACAAAUAUGUUACAUUUUAUGGUGAUCUUAUAAUGUAUCUUCUAACACUCAGGCUAUGAUCUUCUUUAGCUAAACAUGUCGAUGUUGGGCUGACAAACAAAACAUGACUGUCACACAAAUACCAUAUGCAAAAAUUUUAUGGACAAAAUUUGAUUCCAGUGACGAAGGAAGCGAUAUAACCUUAAACUCACGCAAAAUUGCUUCGCAUGAAUUCACAUUCAAUGGGUAUUUUUUAAGAUACCUGAGGUCUUGACUUUUGUUUAUGCUAUUCUUUCACAAUUAUUCCACGAGUUCCUUUUGGAUAUGAAAUGAUAGAUAGCCAACGAGGCUCAUAGCCGGGUUGGCUAUAAUCAUCACUUAUUUAACAAGCGCGAGUGAAAUAAUCGUUUUGAAAUUAUCAAAAAACUCCCCAAAAUAAAGUCUUCCCAAUUUUGUUUUCUAAGAACAAACAGAAUGUUACAAUGUACAAAAAUACUUUUGGUUUAACUCGUCUUCAUGCGCGCGCAUGGGGUAAUAGUUCAUAAUCCAUGAUGGCUAUGCCAAUGAAAACUCUUGAUUGCAUUAUCCAAUGAUCCAGUUUUUAACAAUCAUAAUUAUUGCAGUUGAAGGGAAGAUAUAGACCAGGCAAGAAGGUCUUUUUCAUGAACUGUGGGAUUCAUGCCCGUGAAUGGGUAUCUCCAGCGACCUGUAUGUACAUCAUCAGACAGGUACGGGCUCCUUUAGUAAUUAGGACCCUUAAACAGUCUAGACAAAGCUGAGGAAGAAGUCGAAUAAAAAAAACGAAUUUAUAUUUUUAGUUAGAAUUUCGCGAAUGGCUAGAUGUGUUUACCGUCUCUUAUAUUAAACCAUUUGUUACUAUCAAAACUGCUUGUUAAUGUCUGUGAACAGUUGGUGGCGAGUUUUUUAAGGCCGGUUGGGUGUUUAAUAAACAAGCCAAAUGUUCUUCAAAAAGUGUUACCCGAGAUAGGUACUCGAUAGAUCUCGUUCAAAGGUCGCUCACUUGGUUUUUGUACUUAUAUUCUCAUCAGAUAGUUUCCAAAUACGGUAGAGACAGCAGUGUGACCGAAAUGUUGGACAAGAUGGAUUUCGUUAUUAUGCCUGUUCUAAAUGUCGAUGGCUACGUUUUCACUUGGAAUCCAGUUUGUAUCCAUCUUUUUAUCUCUAUUUACAACUGAAGCUUCGUUAUCUUAAAUUAAUUUCCUUACUUCAUUUAAAAUUCACCAUCUUUCUCAUUCUAUAAAUCUUUUGUUACCUGAGAGAAACUAGCAUAUUAUGUCGCCUUACAUCAUCACCUCUGAAUCAAACGUUAAGGUCAAGAAAAUAAAAAAUAUGACCAACCACUUAGGAAGCUCUUAAUUGCUGAACAAUUUCUCGUUUUUGACAGAAAAGUAGAGAUGGUAAGUUUUGAGCUCGGUGAAGAAUUAAGAAAGAUGUUUUUUCUUCUUGUCACGAGCGUGGGACUUUGCUCUUUGCUUUUGCUUUGAUCCUUGCAGUAUGCAGGACGCGUGUCAUUAGAACUUCGUAAUAGACCCCGCUCACCGAAGAGUCUUUGUGGCUCAGUGGUAGAGCAUCGGAGCGCAAAUCCGAAGGUCUGGGGUUCGAUUCCUCAUGGGGACUCAGAAUUUUUUCUUUGUCCCACGCUCGUGACAAGAAGAAAAAACAUCUUUCAAUUUCUCGUUGUCAGCAUCUCAGGAAAUGUAUGGAGAACUGAUAUGUAUACUGAUGUUACGAUCAUUCAGCGAAUACCAGGAAUCGAUGUUAUUACUUCUCAUAACUUUUGUAUCCAAAUCGAACUUAUAGAGCAGCCGUAGGAACAGAUUCUGGAGAAAGACACGUAAACCCAAUAGAGGAAGCAGAUGCAUCGGAACAGACCCGAACAGGAACUGGGAUUACAUGUGGGGAUGUAAGUUCAGCUCACACAACCUUCAGUGUAUAACAAGAGGGAGUUUGAGAAACGACGACGGCGACGUCGUGGACAACGUCAGUGAAAAAAUGAACUUGCAUUUUUAAAAAGAAUCUCGCGAUACUCUGAAGUCAUUGUUUUGUUUCUCGCUGUCCAAGCUCUCUAGAAACUGAAUUCUGAAGACAGCGUUAAGUUAGACAUAGAAAUUUUAAAAAAUCAGCCGUCAUCGUUUACAUUCUCCAGACAACGCAAAGUUUAGUCAUUUUACGUUGUUGUUUUGUAGAGGAGGAAAAGAAAUUUGUAAAGAUUUAUAAUGCAAAUGCACAGCUAUUGUUCUUCUCAUUGAACCUUUUGUUUAGUGACGUUCCGUUGCCGUUGCCGUUGCCGUUGUGGUUUUUUUAAACUCCCUAAUGUCUUGCGGGAAUACUCCUACAUGGAUUCAUGUAUACGUUAAACACCAGUCAUUAUUUAACAACUGGUGGGGAGGCGGAGGAUUUUGGGGAUCACAAGGUUUUCAGCGGAAUAGAGGGGGAUCAGUCGUCGCGCAACAUAUUGUAAAGGGAAGAGGAUGCUACCCAAAAAUUGACUGCUAAUUACCUGCCCAUAAGGGGGGAGCAAAAGAAUAUUGCGGAUCCCCCCUACCCUACCCAACAAAGAUGAUAAAACAUGACCAGUCCCUUAAAUUUCUUGUUGGGCAAUGAUUCAAUUCUUAAGCAAUUAAAUCUUUUUCAAAAUAUUUUCGAAUCUGGAUAUCCCCAAGUGAUCUAGGAAUAACUUAUCAUACGUCACGAAUGUUUUGCCUUGGUGACCACACCCUGAUGUGUUCCAUAAUGGCAGAUGGAGAUUGGAUACCUUCAGCACCUUCCAUUUGAAUGGAGGAGCUGAAUAGCAUUUCCUGUGAAAAGGGGCGGUUGGAUCCGGUCCUAAGUUUAGAGGCAAUGAUAAAGACGUGUUUGUUUUUACCCAACGUUGACCUAAUCUUGUAAGAGCGAAGAUCCUACAAAUUGCAGAUAUAUUUCACUUAUUUUAGCCUAUGGUAUAGUAAGAGUAGGACGAAUUGCAUGGUAGAGUAAUUUCCUGAUAGAGAAACGGAGAAAACUCCAGAAGGCGAGCCUUUUGGCAGAAAAUAUUUAAAGAAAGCGACUCUCUGAUACAAUUUCUUCCCUACUCAUCCCCCCACGCCCCACCCUCUACCCCCACCCUCUACCCCCACCGAAGGCUGGGUUUCGUUACUAAUGGAAAGCACUCCUUAUACUUAUAACUUCAUCGAUGGUUUAUGUAGAUCCUGGAGCGAGUUCAGACCCAUGUCAAGAUUCCUACAGAGGAACACAUGCAUUUUCCGAAAGAGAAGUGAAGAAUGUAGCGAAUUACUUAGAGACACUUAGCAGAAAUGACCAAAUAGCGGGCUAUAUGGACAUUCAUGCCUACAGUCAAUUAUGGAUGACCCCCUGGGGAUAUACUAGACAGCCAACCAGAGACAACGAGGAAUUGGUAAUGAAACAGAAAUUUGUUUUAACUAGAUGUACUUCUCUUUAUUAUCGUCCCUUCAAAAACAUUAUCGACACAGUAUUUAAAAUUAUGAUUCCGAAAUCUUGGACUCCUCUAAAGUUCGUUAAAUGUUUUGUCUUGACGUUUUUAGAUGAGAGUUAGCAAAGCUGCAGUUACAGCCAUACGAAGGGCUGGUUAUGGAACCUAUUACAGAUACGGGCCAUCUUCCGUCAUCAUAUGUAAGUUCAUUACAUAAUUCGAAAUCCAUUUUUCAUUAAACUAUCACAGUUACAAAUUUAUUCAUACCUCCUCCGCGUUACUAAGAGAAGAAAUACAUGAACCUCCCCUCCCCUCCCAAAAAAGAAAAACAUAAUAGAGGUUCUUACUUUGUGAUAUCAUUUGAGUAAGACAUGAAUUAGUAGAAACUGGAAAAAGUGUUCUUCUUAUCAAAUGGCAUGCGAAAGCAUCCGCCCCCAGCUGCAGCCCAUGAAAGCGCUUGACCCUUGUAGAAAAGAUAUAUGAGUGUGCGAAGCAAAGAAGCUUUACCAGAAAAUAUCACAGGAGCUUAUACUAUGAGAACGCAAAGUAAGAACAUAUACACUGCCUGAAGCGCGGGGAAGCGCGAAUGACCACGUCUCAUCUGGUUUUAAGUUUGCGCCUGAUUAGUUGACGAGAUGGCGCGAGUUUUCUAGACGAAUCACGGAACGAACUAAAGCAAAGCAAAUGCAGUCCUGGAUCGCUUACAAUACAGAAUAGAAAACUACUUCACAACGCUUUCUUGGAACCGUUGAAAUAAAAGCAACUGGUUAAUACUUUCAUAUGAUAAUUUUUUUAAUACUAUGUACAUUGUGGUUUUAAGUUUUACCUACGUAUGUAAGAUCCGCUUUUUCUAUCAUUCAAAUGAGUUUUAUGUAGAGCUCUACUUAACGUGGUACAGCAUAGAUUAGCAAGUAAGUCUGGUUCUCAAACUUUAAUAGCAAUUAGCCACACACGGGUACUUCUCAAAUGUCUCGAAUUGUUUUUGUACUUUGCGUGUGACAUUUAGAUGAAAGCUGCAAGAAAGAAAUGUUCCGGAAAUGAAUUACAUGCACCAUGCAGCUCUAACAAUAAAUUCUGUAAUUGUGUUGGUAGACCAAAAUUCUGGAGGCAGCAAGGACUAUACGUAUGGAAAACUAAAGAUCAAAUACUCAUUUGCCUUAGAAUUGAGGGAUACGGGACGGUAUGGUUUUUUAUUACCAGCACGUCAGAUUGUUCCCACAGCAAUGGAGACGUUUGAAGGAAUUAAAGCGAUGGCUAGGGAAAUGAGAGUGUAGUCCGCUGGACUAUAUGCUUGUAAAGCAAUAAAAAGGAUUAAAAGCAAUUGAAUGAUUUAAUAAAAACGGGGCAAUGGG